GGUUAACCAUCUAACACGUUAGAAGUUUCUUCUGGUAGUGUUAUGCACGCUGCCAUUUUGUUCGAUUCCGGCGUUCCGCCGUGGCAGCGAAACGGCGGAACUAAAAUGUUGUAAUGGCGAGUGCGUCUAUUCCGCAUAUUUGAUAUUCCGAUAAAGCUGGGCGUACGUGCCGCCUUAUCAAUUAUCCCGACGAGGUAUCGGUAUCUCCGGGCGUUCUCUUGUGAAACUUUUGCGUCGCGCAUUCAACGUAUACGAGCCACGACGGUACUGCCGCCAACAAUCGCAACGCGCAGUAUCAGCAUCGGUGAAUCAUUGGGAUAUGGAGACAAGUGAUUCGAGCAAUGCACUAUAAUCGCAUUACUCGUUCCGAGCUCGCCGCACGCCAACGUUGUGGAGCGUAAACGACAGUGAUCUGUGUUUGUUCGGCGGCUGAAGAAAUAUAAAUUAUCAAGCGGCUUCAACUACUGUUGCGAUAAUCUUCACGCACACCUGUGCUCGUGCAUUUCCAUAAUAUGAGAUCAGGAGCAGCAUGAAGGUAACUGUGUGUUUUGACCACGUCAGGGUAGUGGUCCCUUGCGGAGAUGGAACUCUAUUGGUGAGGGAUCUGAUGCAUGAGGCCAUUCUGAGAUACAAGAAGGCUACUGGCAAAAACGACAACAACCUGAUCAUCAACAGUUUGUCUUCCCUGACUGGAGGUGGCUUGCUGGACCCGGAUGACAGGUUGUGUGAUGUAGCCGAUGACCGGGAACAGAUUGUGGCGCAUUUUGCAAGCUCAGAUGUCAAUCAUGUUGGGGGAGAUGGUGCAAGCUCAGUUGGCACGAAUAGUCCUGACUUCUUCCACACCGAUGGGAAAGAGCAGGCUUAUUCUAUCGACAUCCAUUCCUCUGUACCUACCAGUAGUAUUAAGAGAGAAAGCACGAAACGUUUGUCAAUGCAUGCAUUAUCUACCAGGGAGCCUUGUCUCACAACAUAUUCUGCUCAGUCUCUGCCUAGGGAGUCUCGACGCAGAGAACCCUUAGGCCAAGAUUCUAAGGCUUCAUAUGAGUUUGGUAAUAAUGUUGAAUAUAGGGAUCAAGAGGUACGUGAAAUUGUGAUAAAGAAUGAAACAGGACCAUUGGGGCUGCAUGUGGUGCCAUGUUACGACUUGUUAGGCAAUGAUCAAGGACUCAGGGUUGAAGGUAUUGAGCCAAAUGGCCGGAUUGCUAGGGAUAGACAAAUCAAUUUGCAUGACAAUAUUAUCAAGAUAAACGGUCACAAUUUGUUGCACAUACCAUUUUCAAAAGUUCAAGAGAUUUUCAAGAUAUGUAUGAAUGAGCCUUGUUUGCAAAUAUCUGUAGUUAAGCAUAAGCAAAAGACGAGGAACGAGAAACCUCUGCACAAAAUUGCCGGAAAUACUAGUGGAGAAGUGGAGAAGGCUGAUGGUGAUGACAAUAUCAAGAGACUUCAAUGCAGCAAUUAUAAUCUUCUGCAAACUGCGAAUACCAGGAAGAUUGGGCGGAUGAUAGAAAUAGAAUUGACCAAGGGUAACAAUGGUUUAGGGUUUAGUGUUACCACACGUGAUAAUCCUGCAGGAGGACAUUGUCCUAUAUAUAUUAAGAAUAUAUUACCAAAAGGUGCUGCAGUUGAGGAUGGCAGACUGAGAUCAGGUGAUAGGUUAUUAGAGGUAAAUAACAAAGAGAUGACUGGCAAGAGUCAAGCUGAGGUCGUGUCGUUGCUCAGGAGUAUCCCCUCAGGUGGGAAAGUCAGGAUAGUGGUGUCACGGCAAGAAGAGAUCUCUUCGAACAUUCCAGAUCCUCAGGGUACUGCGACGUCCACUUCCAUGGCUACUGACGUGUUGGAUAAUCCGAAAUAUUGGAACGCGUUAAACAGAUCACCAGCAAAGAAGAACGAUAUGCCAGAUAAAAUAAGCACUCACAGCUACGACAAAUGCGCGUAUAAAUCGGCGAAAUCCUCGGAAGAUAUUGUCUUAUCUCCGCGGAAGAAUCGUAUGAUAUUGACUUUAGACAUACCAGUGCAUGAUUCUGAAAAAGCUGGCUUGGGUGUCAGCGUUAAAGGCAAGACUAACAAUUCUGAUGAUAACAAUAUGGACUUGGGGAUUUUCAUCAAGAGUGUUAUCAACGGAGGUGCAGCAUCCAGGGACGGCCGGCUGCGGACGAACGAUCAAUUGCUCAACGUUAAUGGUGUAUCUUUAUUGGGAUUAUCCAACUCGGACGCGAUGGAGACUCUGAGGAGGGCGAUGCUCAACACAAACAGCCCAGUAACUGGCGUGAUAACUCUCACAAUAGCUAGGAGGAUAUCGUCGUAUGACAGUGAGAAGAAUAUUGUAGAUAAUUUGCCGUCUUAUCGUAAGCCCGAAUCUGUUAGUAGUAUAUACAUAUCAGAUUCCGCUAAGGUGAAUGAAGGUAGAGUUAAGGAAAAGAACACCUUAAAUUCUCAAGCGGAUAUAUUGGAUAACGGGGGACUGUUAUCCUGCGUGACAGCUUCACCGUGGAAUCCUGUCAUCGAUAGACUGACGGAGCAAUACAACAAGAAUAGCCUAAGAAACGAGAGUUACUGUCUCGCCACCAACAAGACGUGGAUAGAACUUGUUAGCAAUGUAAAGAAGAUAACCGUAGGAUCGAACGACGACCAUCGUGUCGAAUCAGUAUUGUUGGAGGAGUCGAACGACAUUUCUCAAGGAAACGACACCAAACGGAACGCCGAGGACAAGGACAGUCAAUAUUCCGGCGAUCCCACGUACGACAGCCAGUUGUCUUUAGAAGAGUUCAAUUCCUCGUCGAAUAAGUUUUCCCGUGAUGCUCUCGGAAGGCAGAGCAUGUCGGAGAAACGACACGCGGCACUCGAUGCUAAAAAUACGGAUACGUAUAAGAGGAAUAAAAAGUUACGCGAGGGUAGAGAAAACAAGAGCGUGGAGCAGCAGAGCGGUCAGAAAUUAGCGAGUCAAACGAGUAAUCAGUCGAGCGAUUUGGAUGAUCAUUCCAAGAGGGUUGGCAAGCUGAACAAUUUCGAGAAACAUACGAGUAAAGGGGCCUUAGCUGAAAACACAAGUACCGAUAACACCACGAAGCACUACGAGAAAUCGGUCGAUCCUGCUCAAUCGGAAUACAUGUAUACCAUACCUGGAUGCAAUACGUUUCUCUCGCCGAGGAAACAUUGGCUCGUGGACGAUGUGCACGGCGAAGUUACGAGUAGCAAUAAUAUCAAAGACGAGCGAGAAGGUUUCUCAAACAGUCGCGGGGACGUGAAGCAGGCUUCCCUUAAUUCAGCCUUAGACGAUCGAUACAAGCGUUCGCGAAAGAAAGGCGGCAUUCGGUCGAUGCUUCGGUUGGGCAAAAACAGGAAAUCACUUAACUUUGGUGAUAGUAUAGAAACUAGACACGAGACUAGAUUUCAGAUUAUUCCAAACACAAUCUUUUGCCAACAGAAGCGUUUUCGAGGCAAAAUUAACAUACAAAAACCCAGAAAACCACAUUAUCUGAGAGGAUUGGUAAACACUUUCUUGUUACCUUUUUAUGAUCACAAUAAAGAAGGCAAGAGAUUAGAAGAAUUGUGUAAAAAAGUAAAGAAAAUCGAAAAAAAGGAAGAAUAUAAUCCCUACCAAAGAAUGAUAGCACGCGAGGUUCGGAACUGGUUUGACGAGUCCAAAAUGGUUGUCAUUUGCCAUCAAAAUCCUAUUUCAUCGGAGGAAAAGUUCGAAUUUGAAAUUCCGCUAAGGAAAGCAAAUAUGUAUUAUAAACGAUAUAGUAAGAAAAUUAUGCAAUUAGCGUUGGCGGAUUCACCUUACGCGGCUUCACUGCCGUUGUACUCGUCACCAUUUGCUCUUGUGUUCAGUCCUGAAAUAAAUGUCAACGCCUUCGAAAAAAUUGUCAAAAAGUUCCCAAGUGUUAUUUUAUUAGCGGGUGUACUGGAAGGACGCGUACUGAACAAGGAGAAAUUUUUAAGAUACGGCAAAUUGGAUCUUACAACAUCACGAAUGCAUCUUGUUCAGAUGCUACAAAAUGCAGGCGGUAACAACUUGAACCAGCAGCUCACGCAUCAUCAAUCCGCAUUGGUUACUCGAUUAAAACAGAUCAGUCUAAACGAAACAGCUCCCGAUGAGAACGAAAAAUCGGUGCCUGUAUAAUUGCAAAAACAUUUGUAUCGAUAAUUUAUUGUAAUGUUCUAGAUUUAUCUAAAGCUUUAAGUAAAGUACGAUUUAUUUCUCUGUCUCAUAUUUACGGUAAGAAUAAGAAGUAUCGGUACAAAGUCAGA